AUGAGUGAAACACCUUCAACUAGUUACUCGGUGAAUCAGCCAAACUCCUCUGAGAGUGAACAAAGUUUAUCCACGCGCCAUUUCAAUGUUACUGAACCUGUUGUGGCAAAACGGAUCUGUUUCUAUAAAAGCGGAGAUCCUCAGUUUAAUGGGAUCAAAAUGGUCAUUAAUAACCGGUCUUAUAAAACAUUUGAUGCCUUGCUGGAUAGUUUAUCCAAACGGGUCCCAUUACCUUUUGGAGUAAGGAAUAUUAGUACACCAAAAGGGAGACACAGCAUCACCAAUUUGGAGGAUCUUGAAGAUGGAAAAUCUUAUAUUUGCUCCCAUCAGAGGAAAAUGAAGCCUAUCAACCUGGAACAGGCUAGCAAAAAACCUCUCCCCUGGCAGAUCAGUAGGCCUGUCAGCGCCCAUGGAUUUGGCCAUCGAGAAAGCAAAAUAACAACUCCCAAAAAGAUGCUUGUUUUCAAAAAUGGGGAUGUAAGACUCAGGCGCACCAUAGUUUUGGGAAAGAAAAACACACAGACGUUUGAGGCCUUUCUGGAUUAUAUGAGCGAGUUAAUGCAAUAUCCAGUUGUGAAACUAUAUACUGUUGAUGGCAGAAAGGUUCCUAAUCUUCAGGCCCUGAUACUGUGUUCUGGAACUGUAGUCGCAGCGGGGAGAGAGCCUUUUAAACCAAGCAAUUAUGAUUCUCUUGAGUAUUCACGGCCUGCUAAAUUGCUUGGAAUUGCAAAUCGUGUAUUCCCAAAAGGAAAUAGCAAGUCAGAAAGUGAAAAUAUGAGAGCUGAAAUGGGCUCUAGCUCAAGAUCUCAGAUAUUCUCAGUUUCUUCUGAUAAAGGUUCCAGCAAUGAUAACAACUCAAAUGGUAACAACUCAGAAUCUUCCUAUGUUCCUGACAGUCAUAAUGGCAUAGGAGGAAAUCAGUCAGUUACUGGUGAAGACUUAUCUGUGGCACAGUAUGAAGAUGACAUCGAGAAAUCUGUCCACCUUAAUCAAGAUGGUAGUAUCACAGUGGAAAUGAAAGUUCGAUUCAAAAUUAAAGAGGAAGAAACCAUUAAAUGGACAACCACUGUAAGUCGUGCUGGCCUUUCUGGUGACAAAAAUACUGCCAUUUGCAAUUCUGCAUUGCAAGACUGCUUAUCCAAUGUAAAUGCAUCAGAAUGUAUAAAACCAAAAGAUGCCCCACUUUUGAAGACCUACGUUAAAGAAGAGGGAGACUCGUUGCAGCAAUUCAGUGCAGAAGUGUCAGACAAAGAAUCAGAGUCUGAUUUAAAAACUGCUGGUUGUAAUAUCUGUAAUAAAAAUGAUUCUGCAGACCUAGAUGUGAGCGAUGUACCUGAGGAUAAUAUCAGACCUCACUUUUAUAGGCCUCCCACCCCUGGGCCAAGGCGUGUUAGACAAAAGAAAGCAGUAGUUGAAAGUGUCACCUUGGUAUCUGAGAAAGAGGUUCAGGAGAAGACAAUAGGACAGUUUUCCUACAGUGAAGAAAUACAGAAUGGAGAAAAAAAAUCUGAGUAUUGUAUGGUAGCUCAUUCAGGUAGAAAAACAUCAAGUGUCACUGAUCCAAAGUUUAGGGAGAUGAGUGACAACGAUUUAUUAAAGCUUUCUUCAGAGAAUAUAAAAGAAGAAAUGCUUUUUAAAGUAAGCCGCAAUACUAAUGAUUUAAUAGAAAAUACAAAUAGGAAGACAUCAGAAGUGCCUGAUGAGGAUGAACGGGUACAGAAUAUAUUUGAGAAAUCAGUUGUGGAACAAGGGACAUAUAAUAGUUUAGUAACAACCUGCACAGCUAACAUCAGUGGUUUCAUACCAUCAUCAAAAAUUUACCAGGCAGCUAGGCCAGGUUUAGCAGACCACAUCCAUAAGUCAUGUGACAUUAAACAAAUAAAAAGAUCACUGAGUUCUUUCAUUAGAUAUUCAGAAUUAUGUCAGUCAAAAGAAGAAACAAAUUGCAAAGCUUUUGAUUUAUUACCUAUUUCUGAACAUUCAGUGCAUUCAGCCUGUCCUGGACACAGUCAGAUGAAGAUGAUAGUACCUCCAUGUAGUAAAUCACCUACUGAGAAAAUAAACCCAACAACUGGAUCCUUUCCUACUGUUACUGAAACGGAGAAUCAAAUCAAUAUCAGGACUGAAUCUGUGAUGGCAACACAGCUCAUUGAUGACAGUCAGUCUGCAUCUUCACUCACCAAAAACAAGAAGAAAAGAAAAUCUUCUAACAUUGUAGAGCAGGGUACAUAUGAAAAUAAAAAAGAUAAAGAAAUUUCAGGGAUAACUGAAAGUGAGGAAAUGCAUAUCACCAGUGAAAACACACAGGAUUCCACAACAGAGGCUAUGGAUAGUUAUUCUGAAAUACCUCAGAAAAAAGGAACAGAAUUUUUUCUAAAAAACAACGAUGAGUUUGUCAAUUCAGACAAAAGCAUAUGUCCUGAAGAUGAGUUCUAUAACCAGGAUUCAGUUGAACAAAAUGGAGUAUCAUCUCAUAAAAAACCAAGAAGUAAUAGCAGCAAGCUGGCCAAGGUAAAAUUGAAGUCAGGGAAAAAAAAUAGUAUCGUUUCAUCUGCAAAGAGUGAAGAUGGUCUAAUGACAGUUGAUUCAAACAAUGAAUCUGAACACAGUCAGGAGAGAAACAUUACACUAGAGGCUCUAAAACAGGAUUGUCAAGAGGAGGUUGUUGAGCAUUCGCUUGAAAAUUAUGUCCAAACUUGGCUGAAGAACUUGUCACCAAAUUCUGUCUUACCACCUAUAAAUAAACAAGAACGGCAUAUAGAGAAUUGCAAUGUCUCUCAUUUUCCUAAAGAAAAUACUGAUGUUUCUAAAGAUAAAGAAGCAAGACUUAUCACAGAUAAAGGGCAUGCAACUGGAAAGAACUAUCUGGAUGAACAUAAUCUAACCAAAAAAACAUUAAAGCCUAUUUGUGAAUUGGGAACUUUAAAAGAAUCAGCCAAAGAUUCAGGUGAAAACCAAACUGACUCUUUCAUUCAUGCUAAUACAACUAUAAUAGAAGAAGCCAAGUAUUCACUAAAAUCAGAAUUUCAUCAUGAUGCUAAGGUACACUUGUUUUAUGAAACACAUAACAAAGGCAAAAAGAUGUCAGAAGUUGAUAUUCAAGAUACCAGCCUAUGUCACAGAAAAAAAUCUGAAGUUGCUGUUCAAGUUGAUUGUGCAAUUGUGAAUGAGAAAAUGGGAAUUGAUGUUCAGAAUAGUUGCAUGUCUAGCAUGUUGCUACAUGAACUACAGUCAACUUUGCUGGGUCUCCAGAAAGAACAUAGUGGAUGUAUAGGAAAAGCUUGCAGCCUUUCAGAUCUUUCUCCUUCAGCUUUUGGUUCUUCCUCCAAUGUCCUCUUAGCUUGGCUACUUGUACUGAAUCUGAGAGAGAGUUUGAUUGGGACAAUUAAAGAUGAUAUGCAAAAAACUACCUGUAGCUGUUCUGAAAUAUGUACGCAGUUGCAAUUUCUGAAACAAGACACAGUCAUAGAAAAAGUUGAUGAACUGAAGGCUGCCUUCUCACAUUUUCAACAAUCAACAGAAAAUAACUUACUACACAUUGGGAGACAACUCAAAAAGCAGGACUCCACACAAUGCCAUGAGAAUAUGCCCACAUCUGAAAUUCAUAAUGGUAUACAUUUGCAUGAAAAUGAAAAAUCUGUUGAGCCUUGUAUUCCGAAGGACAGUGUAAAUUCUGCAGAAGCUCUAAAAUUGACUGGUGAAUUAGAAAGCUGCUUUGAUAUACAGAAAGAUAUUUGUAGAGAAACAGAGAAUUUAGACUUGAGUGCUCCCAAAACACAGCUAGAUGGUCAAUAUGCCAAUACUAAUUCAAAUAACUGUAGCCUUGAAUCAGCUUUAGAGCCACUUGAAAGAAAUGAAGAAAUGUCUGAUAGUCUGUGUAAAAUUACUCAAGACAAAACCACUGAUAUUUCAUUCACUAAUGAAGAGUCAGAAACUUCAGUAGAACCUAACUCAACAAUUCAUAGCAUAACUUCUAAUGAUAAAAAUCACAUUUUAGAUCAGGAUACUUCUGAGUUGGAAGGUGAAAAAGAUAUACAUGUUACUACUGAUAAAAGUGAAGAUGAGAAAGUUGAUCCAAAGUCAGCAGGGAAUGACAAAAAAACAAAUAACCACCUUAAACUAGGGGCUGAAACUUCUGUAGAAUAUAGUAAUGAGGAUUAUACUGUACAGGAAAACAAGGAAGAUGCAGAAUCUAGUGGAGAAACCUCUGAGAGGUUAUCUACAGUCUCUCCAUUAUCAUUUUGUUAUGAAUCAAAGCAAAUUACAGAAUGUGAUAUGAGUGAAGGAGAACAGAAAUUGCACAUAGAAGAACUGGAGAAUAAAAUGUUUUCAGACAGUUCUCAAUUAAAAAAAUGCUUAAAAAGUCCUGCUACUUCAGAUUGGUCAGAUUACAGACCGGAUACUGAAGAGAGUGAUGAUAACUUUAGAGCAUCCAGUGAUUUGACCAAUGAAAGUGGGGAGGAAGCAGUAAUUGAAAAACAUUAUAAUACUGGCUAUGUAAAAAGAACUAUUGAACGACUUUAUGGCAAGAUGGAAGCUUCAUUUAAGCCUGACUUUCCGAAAGGAUUUCCUUAUAUGUCGAAAGUAUUGCAAAAGGAUACUGAAGAAUUCCACUCUGCAGUGGUGGAAAAAUCCUUUUAUUUUUCUCAAGAACCUAGUUCUUGUUCUGCAGAGAAAUUGCCACAUUCUUCACUACCAUCACAAGAAUUUCCGGUAAACAUAAACAAAGAUGACACUCUAUUGGGAAGAGAAAAUACUUCUUUACCAACACCACAAGCUACUCUUAACAGGGAAGGGACCAAUUAUACUAAUCACCGUUUAGGGGAAGAUCCAAAGCAGCAUUGUCAACCCUGCAUACAAGCUAAUGAAGAUGAAGGAAUAUUGAUAGAUAAAGGCAAAUGGCUUCUCAAAGAAAAUCAUUUGAUAAGACGAUCACCACCUGAACGGGUUGGAAUGUAUGGUAAUUUGGAUACAACAUCAACAGACACAGUCCUUGACACUAACAGUGAUGAAGUUCCAUACUCGCACUUCAGCAAUCUGAAUCAGUACCCAGUCCUCAAUGAAAUCUCUUCUUCAGAACUUGAAGACAUGGCUAAACCCCCUGAAACUUUUUGCAGCUACUUCAAUAUACCUCAUAAUAGUGAUUCAGACCCUUUUCAGGAUGACUUAAGUACAACAAGCAAACCUAGCUGCAAUGGUAAGAUUACUUCCCUUCCUGCAGCAAAGAAAGAAAAGAUCAAGCCAUCAGUCAUGGUGGGUUCUACUUCCACGCAUCCUUCCAUACAGGCUGAUACCAAUUUUCCCACCUUUACAUCUGUAGAAUUUAGAUUGCCUGAUAACAAGGUGCAUCCAUUGGAACAACCUUUAAACACUGAACCCAUACAGUCUCAGCCGACUGAUGUUAGUAAUGCUAACAGAAGUGCUCUUCAGGAAGAAGAUUCUUUGGAUAAACUCCAUGCUAUAUGUGGCCAACAUUGUCCAAUACUGAUGGUGACAAUAACACCAGUUAAUGAGGAACAGAGAGGAUAUGCCUACCGAAAGGCAUCUGAUAUUGAGAACCAGCUGGGCUCAUGUUUGUUGGCCAAAAAGAAUGAACAUUUCCCAUGGUUAGUAACAGACAAAAAUAAUCAUGUGACUCUGAAGAAUAACUGCAUCACUAGGAAAUGGAAGGUGUCAAUCCUCACCAGUGAUAUGCCAUCUGCAGGAACAAGCUCAAAGGUUUAUAUUACAUUGUAUGGGGAUCGCAGCAGUUCGGGGCCUAUUUUUCUUGAUGGAGAGAAGGGAAAGUUAUUUCAGAGAGGCAAUGAAGACAUCUUCACAGUUAAUACUGGAAACAUAGGGCAUCUCUACAAAAUACGCAUAGGACAUACAAGUUCAGGAAACUCCCCUGCCUGGCACUGUGAAGAGGUGCAGUUGCUGAACCUUUUCUCAGGCGAGCAGUUUUCUUUCCCUGCGCAUCGAUGGCUGGCCUGGGAUCGGGCUGAUGGAGAAAUAUCUAUGGAGCUUCCUGUUUUACAUCAGGGUCAGCCUAUUCUUCCAGUGACUGACUAUGAAGUGCAUGUGACAACAGGAGAACUGUGGAAUGCUGGAACUGAGGCUGAUGUCUAUAUUUCUGUCUAUGGAGAAAGAGGUGAUACAGGAUCAAGACAGCUGCUCAGGUCACAGAAACCCAAGAAAUUUUUGAAAGGACAAACUGACAUCUUUACUGUUGAAGCCGUGCACCUUGGACAUUUGUACAAGAUUGUUAUAGGACACAAUGGUCUUGGAUCAGGAAAUGGCUGGUAUCUGGAUAAAGUCGUAAUCAAGGAUCCUGUAACAGAUUUGGAUUAUACUUUUCUUUGUCACAGGUGGCUGGACCAGGGGCAGGAUGAUGGCAAUAUUGCCAGAGAACUGACUAUGACAGAUGCCAGCACAUUUCCAGGAAGACGAGAGCUGGAAAUCAAGAGAGAGGAAACUUGGGCUGCCGAAAAGUGGAAAUUUCAGGAAGGCAAUAUACUUCAGUUUUACAACAAGCUCAGCCGUGGCUUCAUUUGCCUCAAUCCAGAUAGCAGAGUUGAUGCUCUUGGUGACAAGAAAAACAAAUAUGGUCUUUUUGAUGUAAAUGUCAGAGGGAGAAACAUAUGUAUAUUUAGCAGUCAUCAGAUGCCACGUCUUGCUCUUGCUCUCGCCAAUGGCCAUGUAAUAGGAAAG